UCAAAAUUGAAGAUGCGAGAAACAGGGCUGGGGUUCAAAGUCACGUGGACUGCUCCAGAAGAGCUUGAUCGCUGCUCGCGACACGCGAUGUAAACAAACAACAGCAACAGCAGUAGUGAUGAACUCGAGCUAUCUUUACAGUCUGCAGGGCUGCGUGUCUUCUUUGCGGAUGAGCAAUGAUUUGCUCUCGUCGUCUAUCGCGUCGCUGGAUUCAGGCGUCAAUGAUCUUCCUCGCAUGAAAACAGUCUUGAAAACAGACAGAGUCUUUGAAGUCGUCCCCGAAUCAGAGGUAAACACAGUCAAGCAGUCCCUCCAGGGCGAGGUCGAACCGCAAAUCAUCGAUCUCUUGAAGAUGGCAGAUACUGCUAUCUCGCGUCUCGAGCGGCGGGAGAAGAAUCUCGUCGCAAAGGCUCAACUGCAAGAGGUACGGCUGCAGCAGGCGACCAGGCGGUAUUAAGCAGAAGCAGACUGAGUGUAAUGAAUAUAUCUUGAAAUCCACCUA